CCGGUCUAGACAACAAGACUACACUACAGCAGACUGGGCUGGACUAGAUGAGGAGCAGCGAGGAGGUGAGAGGCUGCUACAGGCAGAGCAACGGUUCAGAUCCAGCUCGAGAUGCUAACACGUGUUCAGGGAGGAAGUGAGAGCAGCGGGUCAGAACCACAGCAGGAUCCCUGCAUGCAAACAGCAGUGUGAAUGGGGCUCGUUACAUUGGUGUGCUGUCAGAACCUGAGGGUCCAGUCAGCUGAUCCAGUGUGGUCCUGAGUCUGCAGAGGCCCCAAGACCCUGAAUACACCCUUCAGACUUCAUGUUGAUAAAUCAGGUCUCAGAUCAGGUUGCGAUGACCAUCAGUGAGAGGAAGAAGCUUCUGGAGACGAUGAGGAGCAAAGUGACACGACGUCACCUGAAGCUGCAGACUCAUCAGGACGUCCAGACGAGCUGAUGUUGAUGAAUCUGAGUUUUCGAGCUGAUCCACUGAGGUCUCCACAGACUCACCUGGACUCGCUGCAGGUGGAGGUGCUGCGAGGUGACUCAGAGCGGCGCUGACCCAGAUCUGAUCCAGGAGCUCCAGGCGGCCGUGGCCUACAUCUGUCACUGUCCAAAUCAAUAGGGAUGAUAGAAGAAGUCAAUCCUCUGAUGCUGCACCCUGAUUGGCUGAUGCUCCUGGCCACGCCCCCUCCCUCCCCUCCUGUGUGAUCACAGAUAAAUAACAGAGCGACGCCUCCGAGCUUCAUGUCCGUCUGAGUCCAUCGAUCGCAGAUUGUGGAGCAGCUGCAGGUCUGAAGUCCAGGCUGUUAAAGCUGAUCCAGAUUCAGGAUGGAGCUGAAGGAGUUCUGUCUGACGGAGGACUACAGAUUCAUCAGCCCAGAGCGGCUGUUGGACUCCUCCUCCUCCUCCUCCUCCUCCUCCUCUCCUGCUGAUGGAGCUCGGUCUCCGGCCUCCUUCCUCCACUCCUCCCCCCUCAGCCCCUCCUUUCCCCUGGACACCACUCCUGCUCUCAGCCCUUCACACCCGGCCUUCCUCCUCCCCAGCCCGUCCUCCUCCUCCUCCUCCUCCUCCUCCUCCUCCUCGUACAGCCUCCUCUGUGGAGUGCCGGACCCCGAGUCCCCGACGGGCUCUAGUUCCAGCGGAGGAAGCGUCGGAGGCGGCGCCGUGGUGUCGGAGGCCUCGGUGCGUUUCUCCAUGUCGCAGACGGGUUCGUUCUCUGCUCAGGUGGACUCCAUCCUGCGGGGCGACUACCUGACCCCGCUGGGCGCCGUCGGGCCCAAGCGGCUCUGUCUGGUGUGCGGAGACUUUGCGUCCGGGUAUCAUUAUGGCGUGGCGUCCUGCGAGGCCUGCAAGGCGUUCUUCAAGAGGACCAUACAAGGCAACAUCGAGUACAGCUGCCCUGUGAUGAACGAGUGUGAGAUCACCAAGCGGAGGAGGAAAGCCUGUCAGGCCUGUCGCUUCAGGAAGUGUCUGCAGGCCGGCAUGAUGAGGGAGGGGGUCCGUAUGGACCGGGUCAGAGGAGGCCGGCAGAAGUACAAGCGUCGGGUCGAGUCCGGGCUGAGUUCUUACUGCAGAGCGUCGUACCUUCAUCCUGCCAGCAGAAACAAGAUGAUCUCUCACCUGCUGCUCACUGAGCCCGCCCCUCUGGCUGCCAAUCAUGACGAGUCGACUAAUGACGGCAGCCUGCGGACCCUGCUGACCCUCUGUGACCUUCUGAACCGGGAGCUGCUGGUUCUGAUUGGCUGGGCCAAACAGAUCCCAGGCUUCUCCGCUCUCUCAUUGGUCGACCAGAUGUCGCUGCUGCAGAGCGGCUGGAUGGAGGCGCUGCUGGUGGGCGUGGCCUGGCGGUCGCAGGGCGUGGCGGGGGAGGAGCUCGUGUUCGCCGGAAACCUUCGUCUGGACGAGGGUCAGUGUCGAGCUGCGGGAUUGGCCGACCUGUACGAGGCGCUGCGUCACCUGACGGCCAGAUACCAGGCGAUGAACCUGAGCGCCGAGGAGGCGGUGACGCUGAAGGCCAUGGCGCUCGCCAACUCAGAUGCUGACCCGGUGGACUGUCCGGACUCGGUGCAGAGGUUCCAGGACGGGCUCCACGAGGCCCUGCAGGAGUACGAGUUGUCCCGCAGAGAGCAGCACCGAGCGGGCCGGCUGCUGAUGAGCCUCCCUCUGCUGCGACAGACGGCGGACCGAGCCGUGCGGGUUCUCCUGAGGCUGCACCGCCAGCACAGCGUCCCGCUCCACAAACUGCUGCUGGAGAUGCUCGACACCAAGGCCUGAAGACUCUUCAUCAUUGUCAUCAUCAUCAGCAGCAGCAGCAGCAGCGGAGGACAGACUCAGACUGAAACACAGUUUUUUAAUUGCUGCUCUUUUCUAACUGUUGAACGCUGCAGGACGGAGCUGCUAACGUUAGCGGCUAACAUUAGUGGCUAACAUUAGCCUACACUCCAGCUCAGCUCCCACAGUGAUGCUAAAGAUCGUCUUCGUCCACUUUUCAUCCUGUUUGACCUUCUGGAGCGAGUCAAACCGACCUGCCACGCCUAGAGGCAGUUGCUAUGCUGUGAUUGGACGAUCAGUCUUCCAUUGUCAUCAACGGAAUAAACCUACAGCAGGUUUAGAUUUUAAAUCUAUUUUUGUAAACAAAGAUAUUUUUGAUGUGUUCUGACAGAGCUGAUUAUUGAUUGGCUGAUUAGGUUUGUUUCUUGUCUCUAGUUCACUUUGUUGAGUUAAUUAAAUGCUUUUGGAAUAAAAACAAACGUUAUUGA